UAGUCACUCACUAGUGCAGAGCGAGACUAGCGAGCAAGCCUGUUUGACACAUCUGGAGCGUCAAACUUACUUUUUGUGUGUCUCUGCGACGAUUUUCAACAAGGGACAUAGUCUUCCUUUCUUUUCAGUUUGCUCUUUUUGGCGAAAGGAUAAAGUUCGAUUGUAUUUUCGCUCGGAGUGUCACACAUUCUGCCACACGUGGAAUACGCGAUGGCGCCUCGCAAAUUAAUGCGUAAAAGUGGUAAUUAUUGAGAAAAGUAGUGUGUAUUUUCGCAACGGGGGACAUAACCAUCGCAGCGGAUGGUGUCAGCAUUGAGUGACACUCCAUCCCAUCGCCUGCAGCAACCUGGCUUCUAAUUAUUAGUUUUGAUUGACAAUUUAACCAAGCUUUCUUUUGGAAGACGUGGCUGGAAUAAAGCGUCAUGGCUCCAAGUCUGAGUGGGACUUUUUUCAAAAAGACCUAAAAAUACAGCGUUGGGUUUUCUCUUCUCCCUACAAAGACUCAUUUGAACUUCCCACCGCAGAAGGCAGAGCGACAUAAAUAGUGCUGACAUGUGGAUGUAAUUUCACGAGAAAGGGAGGGCAGGGGGGGUUUUAAAAGACACAUAUGCAAAAAAAGAAAAAGAAAAAAAAGGGAAAUAAAGUGAGCAUUGCUGAGCCCAUAAGUGUUCAGAUGAUAGAAAAUUAAAAGCAUGACUGGAUUACAGCGUAUAAAGGGCAAAAGAGGGCACAUGGAGUGAUUAAAAAAACAGUACACACCCCAUUUAGGAAUAGUCGAUAAAUUAAUUCAAAUCUGAGCAUCAUCAGCACCUCUUUGGGAGGACUCAGAGGAAGAAGUGACAGUAGCAGGUCAGUGAUGGGCUCCGCUGCGAUGCUCGACAGUUUGGAUUGGCUUCUCAUCUCACUGCUCUGCACCUUCUGCCUGGCCCAUGCGGAUGACGUACUCACCAAAGAAGAGCAGAUAGCGCUGCUGUUCAAAGCCAGGCGCAAGUGCGAAAGCCUUGUCAAGUCGAGGCAAGGCAAACUUCCUGGUGGUAACUGCUCACCAGAAUGGGACGGCAUUGUGUGUUGGCCUGAAAGUUCUGCAGGAAAGCUUGUGUCCACCUCAUGCCCGGAGUACAUCUACGACUUCAACCACAGAGGACGAGCAUACCGUCGAUGUGACAGCAACGGGACGUGGGAGAUCUCCGCAGCAAACAACAAGACGUGGGCAAAUUAUAGCGAAUGUGCCAAAUUCCUUUAUCAUUACAACCAGAGCCAGGAGAAGGAUGUAUUUCAUCGUUUGUACCUCAUCUACACUGUGGGCUACUCCGUCUCGCUUGGUUCUCUCAUAGUGGCUGUGGUCAUCUUGGGAUAUUUUCGACGUCUGCAUUGCACCAGAAACUACAUCCACAUGCACCUGUUCGUAUCCUACAUGUUGAGAGCUGUGAGCAUCUUUGUCAAGGACGUUGUGCUGUAUUCGGGAUCCGCUUUGGAAGAUGUGGAGCGAGUCACAGUGGAGGAACUCAAGUCCAUCACUGAGGCUCCCCCGGCCAACAAAGCACAUUUUAUUGGCUGCAAGGCGGCCGUGACGCUGUUCAUGUACUUCCUGGCGACCAACUACUUCUGGAUCCUGGUGGAGGGUCUGUACCUCCACAGCCUCAUUUUCAUGACCUUCUUCUCGGACCGAAAAUAUCUUUGGGGCUUCACUCUGAUCGGAUGGGGUGUGCCGGCCAUGUUUGUGAGCAUUUGGGCGACAGUAAGGGCCACAUUUGCUGACACAGAGUGCUGGGACCUAAGUGCCGGCAAUUUGAAAUGGAUUUAUCAAGUGCCUAUACUUGCAGCUGUCGUGGUCAAUUUUGUCUUAUUUUUAAAUAUCAUAAGAGUCUUAGCAACCAAACUGCGAGAGACCAAUGCGGGAAGAUGCGACACCAGACAACAGUACAGAAAACUGUUGAAGUCCACAUUGGUGUUGAUGCCGUUGUUUGGCGUGCACUACAUCAUAUUCAACGCCAUGCCUUAUACAGACGUGUCCGGAAUCCCAUGGCAGAUCCAGAUGCACUACGAGAUGCUCUUCAACUCCUUCCAGGGCUUCCUCGUGGCAAUUAUUUACUGCUUUUGCAAUGGAGAGGUGCAAGCAGAGAUCAAAAAGUCGUGGAGCCGUCGAACUCUAGCACUGGACUUUAAGCGGAAAGCGCGCAGCGGCAGCAACACGUACAGCUACGGUCCCAUGGUGUCGCACACCAGUGUAACCAACGUGACCGCACGUGCGCCGCACGCCUUACACCUCACUACCCGGCUGGGCCCGGCGCCUGUCAACGGCCACCGCAACCUGCCCGGCUACAUCAAGAACGGCUCCAUGUCCGAGUGCUCGGCUCCGUCGUCAGGCCAGGAGCUCCACGCCGCACCGGAAGAGCUCUGCGUUGAUCCUGGUCAGCAGCCACCGCCACGCGAGGAGGCCGAGGACGAGAAGCCUUCACCUGUGGUAAUCGAGGAGGAGCGGGAAACGGUUAUGUGAGCCCUCCUCCCCACCCUAGGAAAAGUAAAAACCCCAAAUUUUGUGGCCAAGACGCUUUGAGCUGCCACAGUGAAUGUUUAACAGUCUUAAAAUAGACUGUCUUAUUAAAUUAAGUUUUUUCCAUCCACUGCCACCAUUGUAUGACUUUCAUUUGUUUUCUUUAUGCUACUUUUGGUUGCUUUAAUAAGACUGGAGUUUCCAGGAAACCGCCUUAAUCAAGCUUACAAACAGGCGUGGAGAUAUGUUGUGAACUUGUUAGUGUUGUUUGGUUUCUUUUGCAAAAAAAAAAGAAAAGAAAAAAAAAAGAAAGAAUUUUAAAAUGUUCUCAUCAGUGUUAAAGGUGUGGCUCUCAGGUAAUUAAAAUAUGCUUUGGAUUUUUCAUUUUUAUAAUAAGCAUUUAGCAAAACUUUUUUGUCCAAAAUGAAGUGUUUUUUCCCCAUUCCAUGCAGUUGAAUGUUUGCAAUGCUGUUCCAUAUUUUUUUUUUGUAUUUGGCAUCACUGGAGGACCUCCAAAAGCAUCUUUGUGUGUCCCAUGUGUUGCAAAUAGAUAUUUCUAUAAAGCUGAUCGAGUGCUAUAUAUGCUGCUUUGAUGAUGUACAUACAAGUCACAAUGUUUACAAAUGCCAUUCGAAUCGUGAGCUAAUGUUGUUGUUGCAAAUCAGUGUUUUUGUAUAUUUUUGUGUGUACUGUAUAUCUGAAACUAUGUGUAUAGAUCAAAUCCAAACUACAUCAUUUUGAAUUCACAUCUGCCACACAGUUCUACGGUUUAGUGAUCGAAGUGUGGAGCCCGCAUGUUCCUUGUGCUGUCGUGCAUUUUCUCCAUGUAUUUUGGCCUCCUCUCACAUUCCAAUAUGCGUGAUGGACUCAUUGAUGACUCUAAAUUAAAUUUCAUAAAUAGACUCGUUUUACAUGUAAAUUACCUAAUUCGUUCCAAGCCCUAUUGACACACCACAUUAAAUUUUGUAACUGAGGUAAAAUCGGAAUAAAACAAUAGCCAAACACAUUUUAAUCAUUCCAUAUACUUAAUCUAACCGUUAAUAUCUGUAAUGAAGUAGAUACUAGAACAAAAUGCAAAGAAAAAAAAUACAUCUUACCUUUCGAGUGAGACAAUGUCUUCUUUCACGAGAUUGAUGGUGCCUAUAGCCUAUCUCCUAUAAUGUAAUCAACCGUCUGUGAGCUUAAAAAACCCCUUCGUGAGAUAAAAACAUGAGGAGCCUUGUGCUCAGCAACAACAACACCGUUGCGCCUGUACAGGUCAUCAUACUGCGACACCCAAAUUGAGAUGUCAUCAACAAUAGGCCAAUAGGAGAGCAUGAUGGGAAAUAUUAUGACCAAUAGGGCAGCAGGAUCUUAUGGCACGAUAUUUAGAAGAAGUCAAUACGUAUGAUACAGUAUAGUAUUCUUGCGUCUCGUAACCUUAAAUUUCUUAACAAAUGUGUCAUAACCUGAAACUAACAUUUGUAGAGACGUUCGUAAGUACAGGUACCGCUGUAUUCAUUUUUAAGUAUAACCUUAUUAACCUUAUUGAUCGCUGCCAGCACAACAGUCAAAUUGGAUUGGACGUAUAUUGCCGUCAUUGGCAGAGAAACAUGAUCACUCAAUUAUAGCCUUCUCAGUGGGAAUGGAUUCGAUGUCUAUAAUGAGUUGAGGGCGACAAGCAACAAAAUCCACAGGUUUAAGGAUAUUGCAAUAUAAUAUUUAUAUUUCCACUAAUGAAACAAACUUUUCAGAACAAAGAGAAAAUGUCUAGCAACAGAAAAACGGCAAAAAAAAUCACAAAUGCAAUAGCCAUUUAUCACAUUGUAUUUUUUUUCUAUAUGUAAAACAAAUUCCUGAUAUACUACAGUUUCCUAAAUAGAUUUCAACAAGUCAUUUUUCACCCCUGAACUAAUGGAGAGGCACUGUUUCAGUUACAAACUCCAUUAAGUCUUGGAAAUGUGGUGUUGUAGUAAGGCAGAGAAGUGCAACAGAAUGCAGGCUGAAUUUAAGCGCCUUGUGUGGGCUAUAUUUAAUUACCGUAUAUUUUCAUAAUUUAUGGUGGGCCAAUAAAAACUGGGCAGUAGUUGGCCCGCGGGCCGUAGCUUGGACACCCCUGAAGUAUUUCUCCUUGAUGCCUCGCAGGUUUUUCUCUGCACUGUUUUUAUGUAGUUGCGAUAGCUUAGAGCUUAUUGCCUCAUUAGCAGAGGAGCACCUUUUCGCCCUUUAGGAAGUCAAUUAAAAAAUGUGAACAGUCAUCAUGGCUCCUGUUUCUCAACCCAGACUUCAGGAUUUUAAAUGAACAUAAAGUUGUACUCAAAAUUUAGUGCACAUUUGUACAAAUAAAAAGUAAGACACUACAAUUACAAUGGAAUCUCUUAUAUUCAAGAAAUCCUGACCAAAAAUGGCCUUUGUUUUUCUAGCAUUUUAAAAAUUUGUCUUACUCCAAGCCAGAAAUGUAUGACUUUAGUUUAUUAUAUUAGAAUAAAAAUUUUAAAAAACGUGUGAUUUUAGAGGAGUGAUUGGCAUAUUGAUUGACAUAUUUGGUUGUAGUAAUGAAAGUAUGACUGUAGAAGUUUUUUUGUUUGUUACACUUGUUUAGACUUUGUUUAGGUGUUUUAUUUGUUUUUUUUUUUAAUUUUUUAAAAUUUUUUGUAGAGGCAUAGCUUUCCUGAAAAAUGUUAGAUUUACACAAAUGUAUGGUUUUAGGGAUGCAUUUCAAUUUCAGUUUUGCGUUAAAUUAUGAAGUGAACAACUACAAAGAAAAUUUUAUGACUUAUGGGUAAACUUCAAAAUACAGUAUAUGACCUAAAAAGUGUAUUCUAUACCAGCAAAAUGUGAUUGCAAUAGAUACAAGCCCAGUCACUUUAGAAGUUUUUUUGUUUUUUUUCCCCCAAUUAGAAAAACAGUUGAUUAUAAAAAUUAUCAACUUUACAAGUGUAUUUCAUGUCUGAAGUUUUGGUUGAACUCCAAAAUAUGCAACCUCGAGGGUGUAUUUUUAUUGUACAGUUUGGUUAGAUUCUGAAAUUUGCAACUAUGAGGAGAACUUUUAACCCCUUGACACCAAAUUAAAAAAAAAUAUAUAUAUAUAUAUAUAUUUUUAAAAACUCUUUCACCUGUGUUUUUGCCGUCAGAUGCUCAAUCAAAUUGAGAAAUGUAAUUAAAUACAAAUUUAAUUAAUGAUAAAAUAAUGAUUGUAAAAAGUACAUAUAAUUUAUGUAUGGCGCAAAUUAUCAAUAACAGGCAUCUACGAUUAAAAAAAGUACAGUGAUCCCUCGCUACUUCAUGCUUCAAACUUCGCGCCCUCAGUCCAUCACCGAUAUUUUUUUCAAUUAAAAAAAAAAAAAAAAAAACAGAUGAGCUGUCCUGAGUCGAUCGCGUAGUCUCACUCUCCCUCCAUGUUUCCCUCCGUCCCUCCCUCCCUUUCCCUGCUAAUUGUUGGUCAGGCAGUGAGUGCACUGGAGUUGCUUAUAAAUGUUAACAAUGAUUGACAGACGUUGAUUUUGCCAGAGAACCGAGCUUCAAAGCACCGCAUGUGUCAAUCAUUGUUUACUUGUUAAACAGUUGCUGUGGCAACUCAUUGUGUGUAACGGAGGAGCUUGAGCGGAUUUGACUGGACUCACAUUUAAUAAAGCCAAGCAAUUUUCUACAUAUAUAUAUAUACACAUAUUUUUUCAUAUGUUCUGGUCCCCAUUAACUGCGAAAAAGGAGGGAUCACUGUAUAGAGGCUGCUUUGAUCUGGAAUGUCACUAAUUUGCAACAAUAGGUAUCAAGGGGACAUCUUGACUCAUAUACUGUAUUAUGAAAAUUUAAUCUUUAGUUGUGUAAAUUGUGUUUGUUUGUUUGUUUGUUUGUUUGUUUGUUUUUAUUACCGGUAGAUAUUUGGGUUGUGCUUUGAAUUCACAACUUAAGUUGCAUGUGAGUUUAUACAGGUGAAUUUUCUCAAAAAUUUCAAUUCAACUUAUACUCGGACCUUUACUUCCUAGAACAUUUGUGAACAUUUUAGAGCAGGUGUGCCCAAGUCCGGUCCUCAAGAGACCCUAUCCAGCUUGUUUUCCAUGUCCCUCUUCUUGAACAAACUUGAAUCAAAUGAUCAGCUCAUCAGCAAGCUCUGCAGGAGCCUGAUAAUGAUCCUGAUUAUUUGAGGCAGGUGUGUUGCAGGAGGGAGACAUGGAAAACAAGCUGGAUAGGGGCUCUCGAGGACUGGACUUGAGCACCUGUUUUAGAGGUUCCAUUGUAAUUGACAACUGGUAUUUGGUAUAAAAAGUCUUAAUUUCGGAAAUCUUGAAAGUAUAAUUGAAAAUAAUCUCAUUUCAUAAGAGGCAAAUCAAUUUUCCUGAGAGCUUCUCAUCAAUCCAAUUUGAAGACAUGUGUUCCAUUUUCCCACAUUACAAAUUCAUUCUCCUGCCUCUUCAGCUCAAUGCGAGGUGCUGUUUUUGUUGUUGUUCCGAUGUAAUCUUUUAUCACAGGCAAAAUCUACUGUCUAGACAUUUUUAAUUAAAGUCACAGUAGUGAACUUUCACGAAUAAAAAAUAAACAUCUGGAGAAUUGGAUGGUAUUUGAGCACUUUAUCUCAAUUAUUGUGAUAAUUAUUAUUGGAUUAAAUAUAAUUAAGUCAUCUGUUUUGAUUGUACCAUGUCAAAUGAUUGUGUUAUGCGGCCAAUAUGCAUAUAGAGCUAAGAGUAAAUAGAAAAAUAUCAAGUAUGUAUUAUUGUUGUCUAUUUGGAGCCUGUUGCCAUAGAGGUGCGAGAGCCAAUGUAAAUAUGCGUGUCAACAAUGUGGCUUUUGAAUAGGACAAUAAACGUGGA